AUGGCCAAAGAAGUGGUCAGUAAAGAAGUGGAAAUUGAACGACUUCAGGCGAAACUUAGAAAGGCGUACGCUCAAAUGGAGCGUCAGCAAGCCGAUUAUGAUGAAGAAGUACGCAAAUUCAAAAAGGAUUCCGAACAGGCGAAGGAAGAGCUAGUCCGGGUUGUAAAUAAAUUGAAUGAUCUCGAGGCUGAAUCGGUAAAAUAUCAAGAAAGAGCGAAAACUCUUGACAGUAGUCAGUUAAAUGCGAUCGCGGAGACACAAGAGAAGAUCAGAUCCCAGGAGAAGGAGCUCGCUCGGCUUCGCAGCGAGCUGGCGGAGAAAGAAAAGAUGGCAAAAAAUUACGAAGAAAUGAAAAGAGAGUUAGAUUAUUUGGAACUGCAAAACGAUACUCUGAGCCAGACUCUGGACUCCAAAGAAAAUACUGUGAAGGAGUUGGAGCGACAUAUUGCGUCGAUGCGAAUGGAAGCGACCCUCUACCAGCAGUCCUGCUCGUCCGGGUCAACGCCUCUCGCCGACGAAACUGAGUCUUUGGCCGAAAUCAGACCUCCCUUCACUCCGGCUCGUCCAUAUACGAAGGCUCAUUCGACUUUGGGCGCCAACUUAAGCCCACAACCCCGUCCAAAGAGUGGAGGUUUAACGAAAAGUCUCUCCAAUUAUGCCAUCGACGCAAAUUGUAAUCGAAGAGACGAUGUUUCCGCAGCUAUGAGUAGAAGUCUCAGGUCAACGCAAAAGAAACUUGUGGAUAGCCGACUGCUUGUCAAGUGUCUUAAAGAAACAGUUGAACGGUUAGCCCGUGGAGAGAAUCCGGAUAUAAGCCGCCUACUGGGAAUCAAAACUGACUCGAUGUCCGAAAGCGAAGCCGAGCAAGUGGCCUUUGACUCGACAGCGAUGACAAUGGGAGUCGCCGAAAAAAUGAUGCGCCGUCAAGAGGAAAGCAUGGCCAAACUAGAGCAGGACUUGGAUGCCAUUCGAUACCUGGUUCAGGACUAUUACCAAGCUAAAGUUGGUGACACGUUAAAUGGGCGCGAUGAUGCUUGUCGCAUACAGUAA